CUUAUGGUCAUCCCAUUAUACAAGUUAUUGUGCUAGUUCAGUCUGAAUCUGAAUACAGUUUUGCAAUGGGACUUCUCUCUCAUCUCCUCAGUUGUUCUUCAACAUCUCCUUCUGCUGUUGCUGCAGUUUCAAAACAAGGAGUCAAGAAUUCUGGAGAGAGUUUUGCAAGGAAGAGAAUCCAGAAAGAGCUUGCAAUGAUAACAAGAGACCCACCAAGUCAUUGUAGUGGUGGGCUUGUUGGAAAUGACCUCUUCAAGUGGCAGGGAGCAAUAAUGGGUCCUGCUGAUACUCCAUUUGAAGGUGGUAUAUUCCAUCUCUCAGUCUGUUUCCCCAAGGAUUACCCCUUUCAUCCACCCAAAAUCAGAUUCCUAACUAAGGUCUAUCAUCCAAACAUUGACGCAAAUGGUAAUAUCCAUGUUGAUAUGCUAAAAGAACUUUGGAGCCCUGCCUUGGUUAUUGAGAAAAUUUUACGGGCCAUAUGCUCCCUACUUCCUGAUCCAAAUGGAGAGGGCUUUGUGAAUUCAAUUGCUCAUCUUUAUAAGAAUGAAAGGAGGAUUUAUAAUGAGAAAGCAAGGGAAAGGACACAAAAAUAUGCAAUGGGAUGAGCCACUGAAGAACCUGAUUGCCUUGCUAAUUAACACUUGUUACUAGAUCUUGUUACUUACAUGAUAGUAUAUAGAUGUAAAUGAUUCUAUUACUGCAUUAUAGAAUGAUGGCCACACUCAUAUUUC